CCGGCUCCGGGCUUUUCCGUUUUCCAAAGCGACUUCCGCUUCCGGGCUAGCCUUCGCCGGAAGCAGUACACGGAGGACGUAGAAGCGUCGCGCCGGGCGGUGAUUCCGGAAGAAACAAGAGGGCGGCGUGAGCAUGGGGAAGCAAAAGAAGACAAGGAAGUAUGCGACCAUGAAGCGGAUGCUUAGUCUCAGAGAUCAGAGACUAAAAGAAAAGGAUAGAUUAAAACCUAAAAAGAAAGAAAAGAAAGACCCCAGUGCACUCAAAGAAAGAGAAGUCCCCCAACAUCCCUCCUGCUUAUUCUUUCAAUAUAACACACAGCUAGGCCCACCUUACCACAUCCUGGUUGAUACCAACUUUAUCAACUUUUCCAUUAAGGCCAAACUGGACUUAGUGCAGUCAAUGAUGGAUUGUCUCUAUGCCAAGUGUAUCCCUUGUAUAACUGACUGUGUAAUGGCUGAAAUUGAGAAAUUGGGACAGAAGUAUCGAGUGGCUCUAAGGAUCGCCAAGGAUCCAAGAUUUGAACGAUUACCGUGCACACACAAAGGAACCUAUGCAGAUGACUGCUUAGUACAGAGAGUAACUCAGCACAAGUGUUAUAUUGUGGCCACAGUUGACAGGGACCUUAAACGAAGAAUCAGGAAGAUCCCUGGAGUUCCCAUCAUGUACAUUUCUAACCACAGGUACAACAUUGAGCGGAUGCCAGAUGAUUAUGGAGCCCCUCGGUUCUAAUACUUAAA